CUGCGGAGUCAUUGGCAGAUCCAUGGACAGACAGCUAUCGAUAGAGUCCACUGUCCACGCUGAAAGCCGGUAGACACUAGAGUGAGGAGAAUACUAAUCCCAAAUUGGAAAGACAAUGCACGUGCAGUGGUUGCAGCACUUUGGAGUCAUUUCCGUCGCUGUUCAUCGUCUGCAUAUCAUCCACCAGCCGAUCUCAUCAAGACGCCCAUGGAUCAUCGAACUUCGAGACCCAGGGCAAGCAAGCCCAAGGUCCGAACGGGGUGUAUCACCUGCAAGAUACGCCGAGUGAAAUGCGAUGAAGCCAGACCAUCAUGUCACAGAUGUGUUAGCACUGGGCGAAAAUGCGAUGGUUAUAUCCAGCCCAACUCUAGGGCUCUGAGUGUGCCUCCUGAGCUGCGACAGUCGACAGUGAUUAUUUCGACGAAGGAAUCCAGAGCCUUGGAGUUCUUCUUCAAUACGACCUCCUACCAACUAGCCGGUUUCCUUGAGGGGGAUUUCUGGAGGCGAAGCGUCUUGCAACUUAGUCUCUCGGAGCCGUCUAUUCGUCAGGCGCUGGCUGCGCUAGGCUCGUUGCAUGAAUGUGAAGCCCAAUCUUCGACCUGGGCGGACAGUUCAGAUGCCAGCCAGCUCUAUGCCCAAGCACUUCGCUCAACUGUCGACAAGGCUGCGGCGGGCGAGCCUGCCGUACCCAUUGUUGUUAUGGCCAGCAUCCUGUUUACGAGUUUCGAAUUCCUACGGCGUAACGCUGCUGCUGCUGCCACGCAUAUUGCAAACGGGAUAAGUAUCCUUAGAUCAUGGCGCCUAAGCUCCCAAACUACACAAGAUCAGCUUUGCGGGAGAAAGUACUCAUCCUAUGAAGCGCAAUUUCUACACAGCGAGCUUGCUCCGAUUCUUACUCUGUUCAGUUUGAAUGCUUCGGAAUUCAGCCCCUUCCCGAAAAAUAGACUCGUUCUUUACAAAUCCAAGACUGGAGCACCGGAAGUACCACCGAGAUUCCAAACGCUGCGCGAAGCCAGAGUCGCGCUUGUCGACCUGGUGACUGCUUGCGCGGCCUUUUUCCAAAGCCUGGAUGUGCAGGUCGAUGCGGAACAGACACCCAGUCCUAGCCUUUUAGCUCCAUCUGAAGACCUUCGUGUUGCCUUUGGCCUUUGGAAAACCAAUUUUCAGGAACUGCUCGAACGUUGCGAAUCGACUUGGAAUACGGAGGAGAAGGCCGCGGCAAACGUUAUUCGAAUUAUGCAGUAUGGUUCCGAGGUCGGACUUGCUGCGUACGUGGUGUCAAGUGAAUGCGAAUGGGAUACUCGCCAGGAAGAUUAUGAAGAGAUCUUGCGGGUCUCAGAAGCUCUCGUGGCGAACCCUCCCUACAAUACGAAUGAACUAUCGAAAGGAUUCAAUUUAGAAGUUGGCUUGAUCUACCCCAUGCACGCUGUCGCCUGGAAGUGCCGCUACCCAAGCAUCCGCCGAAGGGCGCUGGACUUGCUUCUCCGGUCACCGAGGCGAGAGUGGUUACUCGAUUCACGCCAGUACCAUGCUAUUUUCUCGCACAUCAUGGCUAUCGAGGAGGAGUGCCUGGAGUUGCCUCCUGAUGCAGCCCCAGAUGAUAGUGUCCUCCCGCCUGAACACGUUCGCGUUCACGACUUCUUUUGUAUCCCGCAGCCUGGGAUUGCUGGUGAUUCUUCACGCUAUGGCGUCACUUUCAUGACUAAACCAGAAGGUAUUCAUGGGCCGUGGCAUUUCACUACUGAGUACAUGAGUCUGCCCACGGUCGGUGUUGGUGACAUGGCCCCUUCUAACCUAAUCUCAUGUCGCCGCUGGGCUAGUCCUGACACUACAGAUCCUGAAACUGCAAAUAUGCUGAAAAGCACAGUAUUUGGACAUUAUCAUAAAACCAAAGGAUGAGUGAACGACACCCCAGCAAGAGUGGCGAUUGGAUUCAAAUA